AUGCCAAAUUUAGCGUCCUACAGAUCAAGAUCGGACUUUUGGAACCGAAGAUUUUUAUGGGAAAAUGUAAAGGAAAUAAAACCAACAACUUGGUGGAGUGGCUUAUGCGCGUCCACUGCAUUAAGCAAAGUGGCUGUGCGAAUCCUCACGGCACCUUGCACUUCUGCUGCAGUUGAACGGUCAUUUUCUACACACAGCCACAUUCACAAUAAAAAAAGAAACCGGCUGACGAGUGAGAGAGCAGCCAAAAUUGCCUUCAUAUCCUACAAUUGGAAUUUGCUCAAUAAGAGCAAUUUGGAAAAAGAUGACGACUAUGAGGAAUGCAUGUGUGUUACACCUCCGACUAUAGGCACACAUGUACAUCGAACGGAUAGUACAAUGGACACUUUUGACUCACCUCAACCAUCGACCUCAGGCACUGCCACCAUUGAAUUUUUAGAUUGUGGUCAAAUUUCAGACUCAAGUAACAGCGAUGACUGA